UAACCUGCUGUUAAAGAAAAAUAGCUGACGUAAUUUUAGCAUGUUGCAGAAACACCAAAACCGGAUCAAUAAAACAGACUAACGCCAAAAUGCUGAUCAUAAUAUUUGUGUCACUGUGUUAACGUCAUAUGAAAUAAUAGAAUUAACAAUUUUACUUUUCAAUUGUGAACAAUGUGUGCUUCAAACAUUUUCACAUUUCGGUUUUUUUUUUAAAUAAUAAUAUUUCAUGCAUAUAUACAUACAAGAGGAGAUUAAACGCUUGCCGCUUAAGAAACUUUCAAAGUGUAUUAACUUUGUUGCAUUACACACGUGAAUUUUUAGUUUCAUUUUGUAUUGAAAACUAUUGCAUGGUUGACGUUUGUGUACGCAAUACCGAGCGGUAUUUUGUAAUUCUUAUGACGUGAAUUUGUGCAGUUCAGUACGUUUUUAACUCAUUUUACUUUUCCAAUUAGCCUCAAGUUGUUAUGAGAUUACACAAAGAUCUCUGCAAUCAUUCGCCGAAGAAACACAACGCGUCGUGUAGUUGGUGAAGUGAUAAUUAAAAAGUGACAGUGAAAUUUAAUAUGACGGAGCAGUACUUCAUAGCUGUCGUUUUGAUUAUAUUAUCCUUGACAAAUACAGGGGUUCAAUCUCUGCAAUGCUACCAGUGCCUGAUCAACCCUCCACUCGGUUACUACUACAACAACACGAAUCGACUUUGCGUCCACUUCGACCACUCAGACAAGUUUAUCGUCGAAUGUCCAUACUCUACGAUGUGCAUGAAACAGGAAUUUCAUCUUGAUAUUCAGAACGGAGUUAGAAUAAAAGGAAUCCUCCGCGACUGUGCACCUCAAAAAUAUGACUACCAGGAGUACAAGAACGGUGUUUGGUCCCCGAAAACAGAAGUCAUGGAGCCAUAUAAAGUAGGCUGCCAGGAUAUUGAUGACAAAGGACAGAGAACAACUCCUACAAGAUACUGCUAUUGCCGUAGCAAUCUCUGCAACUCUUCGCCAUCCGUGACUCACGAAGGCUACACCGACAUUAUGGGAUUCAUUGUAGUAUUCAAUCUAAUGAAAUACAUAAACAGUCUUAGGUAGUUGUCAAUAUUGCCUUAGGUAGUUUAAUAUUUAUGACGCAUUACGCUCACUCGACUCAUCGCAGAGCUAUUUGUGAUAUUUUUAUGUAAAUAAUACGAAAACAGACAUGUUUUUUUGUUGUAUUUGUAUAGGUUUAGUUGGACGAGUUCGUUUUAAGUCUUUAAGGUUUCUACAUAUUCUAUGUAACAACAUUGGGGACCAUCAGUGGUUUAGAUAAAUAACUCAAUGAAUGUUGCAGGUAAUAUAAAAAUAGUUAUUUAAUAAAAGUGAUUAAUUUCAAAAUCUUCAUGUAAUGAGUAGUACCAGUUUCAUUUUAAUGUUCUCUAUGUAGUUCCUCAUGCCUUACACUUAUAUGUAUAUAGUGUAUUCUAAAAAUGCAUGACUCAUUUAAAACAAAAAAAAAUGACGAGCAUACGGCCCACCUGAUGGUAAGUGGUUACCACCGCUCAUGGACAUCAGCAAUGUCAAGGGCAGAGCCAAGCCGCUGCCUACCAUUGACUCUCCGCAAGCCUCGUUUGAAGAAGGACAUGUCAUAAGCGCUCGGUAAACACCGUGGAGGGGAGUUUAUUGAAUACGUCUGCUGCAGUAGCUAUCUCUACGGAGAUGAGUACCAAUUCAUUGGCAAGUAAAUUAACGCAAGUUGAAAAAUCACUUUUUUUAUUCUCAUAGUCAUUUUAUCCAGUGUAGUGCCAAUUGAUUCGGAACAUAGCAAAGCAAAGAACAGCACAGCACAGCAUAGCAUAGCUUGAUGUUGACUAUUCACCUUUAGACCAGAAUGUAAUGAAAGUCUAUAAUGAAAUAAAAACUUCAUCUUAAAAUGAACGAACUACGGUAACUGCAUAUAAGAAUAAGUAGUCAGAUUAAACUUUGUUCGAAUUAUCAUGAGAGCUGUAUGUCGAUAGACAUUUAAACCUUCUUUAAAAAAUUACAAAGUAUAAUAUAUUUCGUACCGAUUUUAAGUUAUAUUAAAUUUUAAUGUUCUUAUUGUGAUAAUAGGGGGAAGUAAUAAAAGCCUAAUACUUAUAA